ACGGUCCUGGCACCAGAGUGAGAGAGAAGGCGGAUAUUCUUCGCACUCUGGCUCGGGCUCGCGAUCGUUACGAUGAUUUACUGAGGGGUCUCCGCCGUCCAUCUGAGGAGAGUAUCUCAGCGAAACCCUCUGAAACUUCGCAGUUACAGAUGAAGGGACCACUCCCGAGGAAGAUCUCGGUUUGAUACGCCACCUUGCUACAGAUCCUCCAGGAAGCCAAGUUACGGUAUGGGAAAACUUCCACACGAAACUGGAGCUUGGGAGCAAUAUUAUACUACUAAAAAGGAUUACUUCGAUCAGCAAAUCCAGGCGUACAGGUCCGAGAAGUCUCCCGAUUUGGUCGCGAAGGACGCGACACGAUCAAAGUCGUCUGAUGCUACAACGUCGAAUGCCAAACUGAAUCGGAACGUGGAGGUCGUUAUACACAGAACGCCCAACGGGAAAACACAGCACAAUGGGGCCCCUAAUACCGGAUCCACAUCUGGUAUCGAGCCCCCACCGUCGAUUCGAGGUCGAGGUUUCGCAUUCACGGACGAAGAAAAGCGAUCCAUGAAAGAGUAUUGGGCGUGCAAUAUUUCCAAAGAUAGGUCGAGUGCAUCUGCACUAUGGGAGAGGUAUGCCGAGUUGCACCCACACAGAUCCCCAGGCGCAUGGAAUGCGCUCGCUCGUCGACAUCCCGAGCUGUUUCCUAUGAAAUCCCCUGGAAAAAAUGGUGGGCCCGAUGAGGAUGAGUUUGAAGACGAUCGCAACGACGACUACGACGACUACAACGACGGCGACGAAAGCCAUUCUCACACCUACAAUGGUACUUUGGCACGCCUGAGGCCGUAUACGAAGGAAGAAGAAGACUCGUUGAUUGAUUUCAUUGGUAAGCAGGGGGAAACCAUUCCUGGGAAUGCGUGGGUAGAAUUUCAGCGAGAGGUUCAUUCCUAUCAAGUCUUGGAUAUCAGCUUCGCAAAGCUUACUACAAAGCAGAGCCGAACACUGUCAAACGACGCCGCAGCGACGGGCACGGACAUGUGCACUCCAAGCCACCAACAAAGCCUGGAUCAAGCUCGGAAAACGCUGGGGCGCAAAUGUCUUCCCUCAAUGGGAGGCCUGAGAGUGGUGCGACCAUGUUGGACGGCCCUCUCCCGAAGUCUGCCACACCGGACAUAUCUAUCACCGCCCCGUUGCCCGGGUUUACUCGUCAAGAUCUCCAAGCGGCCAUGGCAUGGGUCGCCUCGCGCGAACUACCUACGGAUCUUCACGAGAAUGUUUCAAGUUGGGAAAAUUUCGCUACACUUCAUUCAAAUCACGACGCUGAGGGUUGGGUACGGCUUUAUUAUUACCACUUUGAUCUAUUUAAAGGGAUGGAGGCGCAAAUAAAUUGCUUUACAUAAAUGAGAUGCGUUUUUUCGCUCCCAAAAGCAGGAUUUCCAAUUCUCACUUCAUCUGUUGAUGUUAAAA